AUGCUCUUCAGGACAACUUCCGGGAGGGGCGCCAUGGCUUCCAGGGCGGAGGUACUCGCCUUGCAGGCUCAAGUUGCCCAGCGCGAGGAGGAGCUGAGUUUCCUGAAGCAGAAGCUGGCGGCGGCUAUUUUGGCGGAGCAGGAGCCAGAGCGGCUGGUUUCGGUAUCACCCCUGCCGCCGAAGGCCUCCCUGUCUCGAGAUGAGAUUUUGCGCUAUAGCCGGCAGUUGGUGCUUCCUGAGCUGGGCGUGCAGGGACAGCUGCGCCUGGCCGCUGCAUCGGUGCUAGUAGUGGGCUGCGGUGGGCUCGGCUGCCCACUGGCGCAGUACCUGGCAGCGGCCGGCGUAGGCCGCCUUGGCCUUGUGGACUACGACGUAGUAGAAAUGAGCAACUUGGCCCGCCAGGUGCUGCAUGGCGAGGCACUGGCCGGGCAGGCCAAGGUCUUUUCGGCCGCCGCCUCGCUGCGCCGCCUCAAUUCGGCGGUGGAGUGCGUGCCUUAUGCAGAGGCGCUUACGCCAGCCACGGCGCUAGACUUAGUCCGCCGCUAUGACGUGGUGGCUGACUGCUCUGACAACGUGCCCACUCGCUACCUGGUUAGUGACGCAUGUGUGCUAGCCGGCCGGCCUCUCGUGUCAGCCAGCGCCCUGCGCUUUGAGGGCCAAAUCACGGUCUACCACUAUGACGGCGGGCCUUGCUACCGCUGCGUAUUCCCUCAGCCACCUCCAGCGGAGACGGUGACCAACUGCGCGGAUGGCGGGGUGCUCGGUGUCGUAACCGGGGUCUUGGGCUGCUUGCAGGCGCUGGAAGUAUUGAAGAUCGCAGCAGGCCUGGGCCCGUCUUACAGCGGCAGCCUGUUGAUCUUUGAUGCGCUCAGAGGCCAUUUUCGUUGUAUUCAGCUUCGGGGCCGCAGGCCUGACUGUGCAGCUUGUGGGGAGCGGCCCACAGUGACUGCCCUGCAGGACUACGAAGCCUUCUGUGGCUCCUCAGCCACUGAUAAGUGCCGCUCUCUGCAGUUGCUGAGCCCAGAGGAGCGAGUUUCGGUCACCGACUAUAAGCGACUUCUGGAUUCAGGCUCACCCCACCUGUUGCUGGACGUUAGGCCUCAAGUGGAGGUGGACAUCUGUCGUUUGCCUCAUGCCUUACACAUCCCUUUGAAACGUUUGGAACGGAGGGAUGCAGAGAGCCUGGAACUCUUAGGAGAAGCUAUCCGGGAAGGGAAGCAGGGCACACAGGAAGGGGCAGCUUUCCCGGUUUAUGUGAUUUGCAAACUGGGCAAUGACUCCCAGAAAGCCGUGAAGAUCCUGCAGUCCUUGACAGCAGUCCGGGAGUUAGAAUCUUACACAGUUCAAGAUGUUGUGGGGGGCCUUAUGGCCUGGGCUGCCAAAAUCGAUGGAGCAUUUCCACAGUACUGAGGUGGAAGGGAGAGUCUGACCCGAGGAAGAUGGCUGUGUUACCCAAAAGAUACAUUUAUUUGCAUUUUUUUCCCAGGAAUGUAUGGA